UGCUCCUCAUCAUUUUCGGCACCGUCGACGCCUUGCUGGACUUCUGGUGCGUUUUCCUAUUCUCCCUGGUCCAGCAGCGGAUCGUCCGAGAUUUGAAGCAAGAUCUGUUUGCCAGUCUCCUCGGCCAACCGCUCACUUUCUUCGACGUCAAUGACAGUGGGGAGCUAAUGAGCAGAAUUACGAGCGAUACGGGACAGAUGGCAAACGAUCUUUCAUGGGUGUUUCGGUUUUCCAUUGAAGCGGUUGUUCGCAUUUGUGGCGUGGCUGGAUACAUGUUCUUCAUGUCGUGGCGUUUGGCGUUGUUGACGACCUGUAUAGUCCCAGUGAAUUCGAUCCUCAAUGUUUAUUAUGGAAAGUGGAUGCAGAAAAAUGCAGUGGAGGUUCAGGACACUCUGGCCUCUGCUAACUCUGAUGCGAAUGAGGUGAACUGA